AUCAUGACAUCAUAUUAUGUGACAAGGAUAGAGCUAACAUCCGCAGGAACAUACCGGUAUUUGUGUAUCGUGUGUCAACGUCAAAACGUUUUUAAAAUGCCUUUAAAGAAGCAAGUUUUUCUUAUUACCGUUACUGUUUUAGAAGGGAGGCAUUACGUAUGGCCCAACAUGGAUUCAGCAGUUAUUACAAGAAUAGAUGAUGCUCACAAAUGUACAGGCGUAAGGAAAAAUUCAGAUGCUCCUUACUACAACGAGUAUUUCGUGUUUGAAUUCUACACAACCCUAGAAACAAUUUUAGAAAAAAAUAUUACAAUAACGGUGAUAGUUCCCUGUAAUUUGUGGAGAAAAAGAAAAAUUCUUGGAUACGUUUCCCUUGAUGUAGCGACAGUAUGGCAGCAAAAAAAUCACCAGUUUUUUCACAAAUGGGCCAUUUUAAGUACUAUGAAAACUGAAGCAUAUAGUGGACCUCGAGGAUAUCUAAAGUUGGAUAUUUCUGUUUUGGCUAAAGGAGAAAUUCCUAAAAUUCCUCCUAACGUAAUCAAUGAUGAAAUUGAAGGUAACUUACUUCUUCCCGAAGGAAAAUUUACAGAAAGACAAAAAGCUAAAUAUAUGUUUGAUAUAUAUUGUUGUAAAAAUUUGAUAGAUAAACCUUCAAAUAUUGUCCGAGAAAGAUUAAACAUUGUAGAAGAGUUAAAAGUUACUGGGCCGACGACUUUUGUUGAAGUUUCUUUUGCAGGCGUUUCAGCAAGAACAUCGACAAAAAAGAACACAUGUUUCCCAGAAUUUAAUGAAAAAUUAACAAUAAUCGACCUAUUUCCUCCUCUUUGUCAAACAAUCAAAGUUGAAAUCUGUUACGGAGACGUUAUAAGAAAAUUUGUUCAUUCUCAAACUCACAUUAAUUUGAAACAAAUAUCUAAUGAUCAUGACGAAGGUUUCCUUCCUACAUUAGGACCAAUUUACCUUCACUUAUACACGAGAAAUCCUUUAGAAGGAUACGCAGGUUCUGUAUUGAUGGCUAUCAAUACAGAAGUUAAUGAUUCUAUUUUUGCAGCUAAUAAAAAAGGUACCAUGGUCGAAAAUAUACAUCCCAUUGUCGAGCAAAAGUAUUUCGAUUCUGAAGACGUAGUCCUUUUUGGAAUAAUAUACGAGCUUACAGCAAUAAGUAAAAAAUAUGCCAAAAGGGCAAUAUCUAUAAUAAUGACUUUUGGAGAAACGCUGUGUCAAAAGAAAACCUUUGAUGGUCUAGAGGCACCUUGUGUAAAUGCGGCGAGUGGAUUGUCGCCAGAAAAAAUUGGAAAAAAUUACUAUUAUGUUAAUUUGUUUGAUGAAAAACCUUGUUUAUGGAUACUCCGGAGUGUUCCGUUUUUUAAGAAGAGGAUUUAUAACUCUAAUAUUUUAAUAAAAAUAACUCAGGGAUUGAAAAUGAAACUGAAAGAAAUAGAAUGCCUUUUCGAAAGCGAAAAUCAAAGAGAAGUAUCUGAAGAUAUUAAUCAAAAAUUGUUAGACGUAACAGAUUUUAUUUGGGCCGCAGGAAAAAAGUAUAUUGACAUUAUCAGUUCUUACAGUGUAGAAUAUAAUACAAUACUGGACGUUGAGAGAAGAAAAUUGUGUUUACAGGAAAUAAAUGAUAUAAUUAGAAAAACGAAAAAUUUUGAUGGAAAAUAUUCAAAUAAAAAAACUUUCAGAAAACUUCAGAAGAUAUAUAACAGAAUAGAGGUCUUAAUAGAUGAUAUUCAAGACUGUUGGCCAGAUAUUAUUCUAUGGUUGGUGCAUGGAAAUAAAAACGUAGCAUUUUUUAAAAUACCUGCCAGGGAUCUAAUAUUUUCUCAAAUAGACGAGGAACGGGGUCAGUUUUGUGGAAUAAAACGGACCAUUUGUUUUUACGAUCAUAUAAGAGACAAAAGACAUCUUGCAGCUAAAAUGGAUGUCAAGAUGUACCUAACUUUAGAUCGACAAAAAUUUGCAUGUCGUAUGGAAAUGCCACCAGAGGUUAAUUGUGACAGUAUUGAAUCAGUACCCAGAUGUCUAGCAACCAAAGCUAAAAAGCAAUUUGAAUUGAGAUGUUACAUUUUUCAAGGAAAAAUCGUUUCUGGAUUCGACAAAAGUGGACUGGGAGACCCAUUUGUUAGAGUUAUUGUACAGAAUCAGCUAAAAGAGACACGCGUUAUUAAUAAAUGCCUUAAUCCAAUUUGGGACCAAACUCUUGUAUUUCCAAAUAUUACGAUUGAUGAAUUUUACGUUCCUUCAGUGCUGAUGGAAAUAUACGAUAAAGAUGAAUUAAAUUCGGUGGAAUUUAUCGGUAGAGCGAUUAUUAUUCCCAAGUUGACUAUUGGUGAUACCGAAUCUGAUCCAUUAAAACUAGAGUGGUACAAAACGUAUUACAACGAUGAAGUUGCUGGUGAAGUACUAGGACUUUUUGAAUAUAUCGAGGUAUCUGAAAAUUCACCACAAUUGGAACUUCCAAAAAGUGGAAAACUCUAUAGCAUUCCCAAAGAAAUCAAACCUGAACUAGUCAAUCACAAAAUCGAAGUAUUGUUUUGGGGAAUGCGAGAUUUAGGAAAAGUUAAUUUGAUUAGUAUUAAAAGACCUAGGAUUACGGUUUUUUGCGGAGAUAAUUUCUUGCAUUCUGACACAAUUGAAAACGCGCACAAAAACCUUAAUUUUGCCAGUCAGACAAAGAGCUUGUCAUUGAUUUUUCCAGUCCAAAAAGAAUACGCGCCCCCAUUAAGACUUAAAAUGUAUGACAGUAGAAGGUUUGGAGUAUACACUUAUGCCGGUUGUCAUAUAACUACAAUUUCUUCUUUUAUAAUGACACCAAUUACGGUGGAAGAAAGGAAAAGAAGAAUGUCCGAUAUCAACAUUUGGUCAUCAGAGUCUUACGCGUCUUCUUCUGUUUCUGUAGAAAAAGUAGAAACCGUUCACAUAAAUAUUCAACCUGAAGAGGCUACUGAAAUUGUUAGUGAGGAACCGAAACGUCGAGGAGGUUUCCUGUUUCGUGUAUGUACAUUCUGCUGCAAACCGUUAUCAGAACAAGAAAAAAGAUUGAAAAAUCCCACUUUGUCAGAUACUACUUAUGAACCACUUACUGCUGUCGUCGAAGAAGACGUUGAAGACUAUGAUUGGUGGACGAAGUUCUAUGCAUCUGUGGAAAAGACUCAAAAUUCAAAUCUGCAACCAUUGAAACGAAUAAGUACAUUAAAGGUCUACGAAAAUGAAUUAGAACAACAACCAGAAUUUAAAGGCUUCACAGAUAUGCUAACAUCUUUCGAAAUAAUUAAAGGAAAGCGAUCUGGAGACAGCAUCAUCGACAAAGUACAUAUAAGCGGUAUUUUUAAAGGAUCAGUAAAAAUUUAUCAAUGGCCUCUAGAAGACGAUAGGCAAUACGUUAGCAAUGAUGGUUACCCAUUAGAAGAAGGCGCUUUUAAUAAUUAUCCUGAAAAUAUACCUUUAAGAUAUCUUUUGAGAGUUUACAUGAUCAGAGGAUUAGGACUGAGACCGAAAGAUUUGAAUGGGACAUCCGAUCCCUACCUAGUUUUGAAAUUAAACGACAAAGUUCUUAAUGAUAGAGCCCAAUAUAUCCCUCGGAAUGUCAAUCCAAUUUUUGGAAAAUGUUUCGAGUUAACUGGCACAUUUCCCCAGGAUUAUUUGUUAAAAAUAUUGGUGUGGGAUAUGGAUGUCGCAUCUAUGGAUGAUUUGAUUGGAGAAACGGAAAUUGACUUGGAGAACAGAUUUUAUUCGAAACAUAUGGCUAGUUGUGGAAUUGCUGAAACAUACGAAGAAACCGGCUAUAACGCAUGGAGAGGCCAAAACAGACCUUCAACGAUUUUAGCAGGAUUGUGCAAGAAAUAUAAUAUUCAAGGACCUGUAUACAAAGCAACAUCAGUUAAAGUGGGAAGCAAAGAGUUUAUAGAAAAGGGAUUUGCAGCUUGUGAAGAUCGGAACAGGGACAUUGAAGUUCUGGCGCUGACCGCGCUACGGCGCUGGAGGGAGAUGCCACUUGUAGGGUUCUCUUUGGUGCCUGAACACGUGGAAACGAGAUCACUCUUUCAUCCAACGAAACCAGGUAUCGAACAGGGAAAACUGCAGCUUUGGAUAGAUAUAUUUCCAGCAUCGGAUCUGCCACCUCCGCCAAAAGUGGAUAUUAAAAUUAGAAAACCGGUGAGAUAUGAAUUGAGAGUAAUUAUUUGGAAUACAGACGAAGUUGUUUUGGACGAGGACGAUUUUUACAGUGGAGAUAAAAAAUGUGACAUUUAUGUGAAAGGGUGGGUAGCAGAUCCUUCACAUUCACAGUACACAGAUGUACACUACAGAUCCUUGACUGGCGAAGGAAACUUUAACUGGAGAUUUGUUUUCCGCUUUGACUAUUUAGCAACAGAAAAUAAAAUUGUUAUUAAAAAGAAAGAAAACCUUUUCGCCAUGGACGAAACGGAGUAUAAAAUACCUUGUACUUUAACUCUUCAGAUAUGGGAUAACGAUACCUUCUCUAAAGAUGAUUUUAUAGGGACUUUAACAUUGGAAUUGCCAAAACUAAGUAGACCAGCUAAGGCAGUAAACAAAUGCACUUUGCAGAUUUUAGAAAAAUCAGCACCAACUGUCAAUUUAUUCAAAAUCAGAAGGACUAAAGGAUGGUGGCCGCUAAAAGGACUUGAUAGCAAAACCAAAGAAGAAAUAUGCACGGGCAAAGUUGAAGCAGAAAUGGAGUUAAUAACUCUUAUAGAUGCAGAUAAAGAACCUGUAGGAUUGGGAAGGAAUAAUCCUCAUGCACUCCCGGCCCCAAAUCGGCCAGAUACGUCAUUUUCCUGGUUCAGGAAUCCACUGAAAGCCAUAAAGUUUCUUAUAUGCAAAGUUUACAAAUGGAGACUGAUUCUUUGUGUUCUAAUUAUGUUGGGAGUUAUUAUGGCAAUAUCUUUCUUUUACUCAUUACCGACUACUA